AAAGAAAAAUCAAAAGUGUAAAGUCGGUCGAUGUUUGCCGAUUGAACGCAUUAUCAUAGGGAUUCAGCUCAGAAAAUACGCACUGCUGGACUUUAAGAGCACCACAGAGCAGGUCAGACAAUGAGAUAAACGCAGAUGGACAGAGAAGACAAGCCAAUAUCAUUGGAUCCCUAACAUGUUGUUUUAUAGAUUGAGUCAAUUCAUUCAGCUCAUUUUCCAAUUGCACAAUUAUCGCAAUGGCUCUCACCAACAACACCAUAACCUCAUGGAAAUUGCAGGAGAUUGUAGCUCACUCCAGCAAUGUGUCUUCACUGGUGUUGGGGAAAUCGUCUGGUCGUCUGCUGGCCACUGGAGGUGAGGACUGCAGAGUCAAUAUCUGGGCUGUCAGCAAACCUAACUGCAUUAUGAGUUUGACGGGCCACACCAGCCCAGUGGAGUGUAUCCAGUUCAACAGCUCUGAGGAACGAGUAGUGGCUGGGUCUCAGUCUGGCUCUCUGCGGCUUUGGGAUUUGGAGGCUGCUAAAAUUUUGCGCACUCUAAUGGGACACAAGGCCAAUAUCUGCAGUCUGAAUUUUCAUCCCAUGGGAGAAUACCUGGCGUCCGGCUCUGUGGAUAGUGAUAUUAAGCUGUGGGAUGUGAGAAGGAAAGGAUGUGUGUUCAGAUAUAAGGGUCACACUCAGGCUGUGCGCUGUCUAGCUUUCAGUCCUGAUGGGAAAUGGCUUGCUUCAGCCAGUGAUGACAGCACAGUUAAGCUGUGGGAUCUCAUAGCAGGCAAGAUGAUUACUGAAUUCACAUCACACACAUCAGCGGUCAAUGUUGUGCAAUUCCACCCCAAUGAGUACCUGCUCGCAUCUGGAAGUGCAGAUUGUACUGUUAAGCUUUGGGACCUGGAGAAAUUCAGCAUGAUUGGCUCAUCAGAGGGGGAGUUUGUGAGAAGUAUAUUGUUUAAUCCUGAUGGUAGCUGCUUGUACAGUGGCUCUGAGAACACUCUACGGGUAUAUGGUUGGGAACCAGACCGCUGCUUUGAUGUGGUGCAUGUAGGCUGGGGCAAAGUGACUGACCUGGCCAUCAGCAACAACCAAAUGAUUGCAGUGUCCUUCAAUCAAACUAAUGUGAGCUGGUAUGUUGUGGAUCUCAACCGAGUGAAGAAGUCAGGAUCUGUGAUCCAAGGGCUGAUCCAGGAUAAGCCGAUUCCAGCUCCCACAUCUGCACUAGGAACAACACUGCGGCGAAAUUAUGAGCGACCAACUACAUCCUGCACCAGACAGGAGAUGAAGCAAAGUUCAGAGGCUGAUCGCAGCAGUCCAGAAGGAGAAAGGAGGAGUCCCAGCAGUGAGGAUGAGAAAGAAGACAAAGAGAGCAGUGCAGAAAUCACCAACCCAGAAGAUUAUAAAGAGAUCUUUCAGCCCUGCAGCAUCAUCUCACAAACACCGCCUAAAAAGACUGAUCCUUUCCCCGCACUUCUAAAGCACUCUUUCUCAGAGAGUGUCCUGGAGAAGCCUGGCCCAGCAGUCGAGAUUGUAACCCCUGUAAUAGACAGAGCAGGACAGUUGAAAGCUCCCAUUAUCUCCUCUACUCCAGUACAAAGAGUGGAACCAACUGUGAUCGCUGCUGCUCCCCAUCCUGUCUCCGUGGUAACCACAGCUGUGGCCUCUCCCUCUCGUCCUGUGGUUACUACCACCAAACCUAUACCCACUACAGGAAUCAUCCUCUCAAUGCGCAAUGAGCCCAUUGGACUCAAUGCAGGGGACUUUCUUUCUCAUGCACGAAACAGUAAAGCCAGUGUGAUGGGAGAUGAAGAGGCAUUGGUACAGAUCAGGAAAGGGCAUGACACCAUGUGCGUAAUGCUGACCAGUCGAUAUAAAAACCUGGACACCGUACGCUCAGUCUGGGCCAGUGGUGAUGUCAAGAUUUCCCUGGAUUCUGCUGUAUCUAUGAACGAUCUUUCUAUUGUGGUGGACAUCCUUAACAUAAUCAACCUCAAACCAUCACUAUGGAAGUUGGACCUCUGCACUUCUAUACUGCCACAGAUUGAGGAACUCUUGCACAGCAAGUAUGAAAGUUAUGUGCAGACUGGAUGUAUGUCUUUGAAGUUGAUCUUGAAGCACUUUUGGCCAUUAAUCUCUGACACGUUGAGUGCUCUUCCAUUUGUUGGGGUGGACAUUACUCGAGUGGAGAGGUAUGAUUCCAAGAUUACAGAACUCUACACAGUCCAGGGCUCCAGAUUGAAAUGGCAUCAGAAAUGUAAAGCAUGCUAUAAGCAGCUGAAGAACCUCAGUAAUGUAGUGAAUAACCGAGCAGAGCUGGUUGGUCGUCAUGGCAGCACUUUUAAAGAGCUACAACUACUUAUGGCCCCACUGGACAACUGACACACUCAAACAUUUGCACACAUUCCUACUUAAUCUCCAGUCUUUGGAUUGAAGUAUUUAUGUAGGUUUUUGGCAGUUAUAUUCCUAUAGGCUGGAAUUGAAUUUUUUUUUUUUUUAAAUGCACAAGAUGUUUUCAUAAACACUGUCACCAAUAAAACUUUUCAUAUGAAAUAAAUUCUCAAAAAAUAUAACAAUUUGCAGUCUUUAGUUGACAUUGCAAAAAUUCUCCACUUUGAUUCAAUGACCAAAAUGUUUUGUACACUUCUUCCAAUGCAAUUAAAUGUUUCAAGUUAAUUGAUUAAUUCUUCAAUUUACUCUGAAUGUACAUCACUUACAUUCAAGGCACUUACUGUGACAAUGAAAACAUGUCUUUCUGUUUCAGUAAUAAGUAGACAGUAAAAAUAAUUGUUAAAUUUACUGUAAAAUAUGGGCAAGCUGUGGUUGCCAGAAAG